UAUGUCAUUUUCCUAUUGAUUCAACCUGACUUGGCUCCCUCACAGUGAUUUGUUAAUUUCUGUUUUCCUUUCCACUCUCUCUCUCUCUCUCUCUCUCUCUGACUUUUAUUCCAAACAUUCAAACACAUUUUCCCAUUUGCUUUCAUUCUUCUUUGUUUGCAGGGUUCUUGAGCUUUCUUGAUCAUCAUAAACAGACUAUUUGACUGAAGAUACCUCCUAAUUAACCAGUAUGGUCGCGAAAGACCGUCAAAACAAAACCGACUCUCCAAAAGUGGAAGUUGGAGAGAUCGACACUCGGGCACCGUUCCAAUCUGUCAAGGAUGCCGUAAAUCUUUUCGGUGAAGGUGCUUUUUCAGGUGAAAAGGUUGCCAUCAAGAAAGUAAAGCCUCAUUCUGCUGAGAGGGUGUUGGUGAAGGAGACAAAGCUCCAUUUGGCACAAAAAGAGCUCUAUAAGUUAAAGGAACGAUUAAACAGUGCCGAGACUACAAAAACCGGUGCACUAACCGAGCUCGAACGAGCCAAAAGAACAGUCGACGAUCUGAAGAAAAAGCUCGAGACCGUUAACGCGGCAAAAGAAGCAGCAAUCGAGGCGGCAGAAGCGGCUAAUAGUCAAGCAAAGCAAUUUGAAACCGGAGAAACCAACCCUAAUGGGGGUUUGAAACAAGAUUUGGAUAACACAAAACAACAGUAUGCCGUGGUGUUUACAGAACUCGAUGCUGCUAAACAAGAGUUGACAAGAAUCCGUCAAGAUCGUGAGGCGGCGCUCGAAGAACAAAACGCUGCCAUUAAGCAAGAAACGGAAGCCGAGCUUAUAAAAAAAGUGAAUUUGGAUCGAGCCGGUGAGAUAUCGAAGGAGAUUAUGUCGGUUCGAAAGACGAUCGAGCAGGUGAAGCUUGUGACGAUGGAAGCUCAGCAAGAACAAGAAAAGGUUUUCGAAGAGAAAAACGUUCAAAAGUUAUCGCAUAAAGCCGCACUUGAAGAGUCUGCGAAGAAGUUACUUGCUUUACGGGAACAGUUUAACCCAGAAAUGUCGAAAGAUCUGGAAACGCAAUACGAACAAACGAUGUCCGAGAUCAAAAGAUUGCAAACCGAAAUGGAGAAUCUGAGGGCUUCGGAUCUUGAUUCUUUGAAAACCGUUACGUUAGAGCUUGAUGGUGCGAAAGAAUCGUUGCAGAAAAUGGUUGAUGAAGAAAACACGUUGAAAAAGUUGUUGGAGUCGUUAAAGGUCGAGCUGGAGAACGUGAAGAAAGAACACGAAGAAUUGAAAGCGACAGAAGUGGAAACCGAAGCGGUUGUCGCAAAUCUGAAUUCGAAGCUGCAUAAAAGCAAAAUCGAGCUUGAAAACGCGUGUGUCGAAGAAGCUAAAGUCACAGCCGCUUCCGAUGAAAUGAUGCAGACGGUUCAACAGUUGAUAUCCGAGAGCGAAAACGCGAAACGAGAAUCGGAAGAGAUGAAGGCGAAAGCUGAAGAAUUGAAGAAAGAAGCAGAAGCGAUGGGAAUUGCUUUAGAAGAAGCCGAAAGUAAACUCAAAGUUGUGUUAAUGGAAGCCGAAGAAGCGAAAAAAGCCGAAUCAAAAGCUCUUGAGGAUAUAAAAACAAUUUCCGAAAGAACCGACGCAGCACGCGCGUCGACAUCGGAAUCGGGCUCCAAAAUCACAAUCUCACAGGAAGAAUUCGAGGCGUUAAGCCGGAAAGUCGAGGAAUCCGAGAAGCUAGCGGAAAUGAAAGUGGAAGCAGCAAUGGCGCAGGUGGAGGCGGUGAGAGCAAGUGAAAAAGAAGCUAUGAAGAAACUCGAAGCAACGCAAAAGGAGAUUGAUGAACUGAAGGCGGCAACAGAGGCGGCGUUGAAGCGUGCUGAGUCAGCGGAGGCCGCCAAGAAAGCGGUGGAGGGGGAGCUGAAGAGAUGGCGGGAGCGGGAACAGAAGAAAGCAGCUGAAGCGGCUGCGUUGAUACUUCAAGAAACGCAAAUGCAGCAACAGCAGCAGCAGACGCCGUCUUUGCCGUCAACGCCGAACCACAAGCAGAGUCCACCGCCGCAGAAACCGAAGACGAAAAAAGUGCUCGUUAGCAAUUUCAGCGGCAUAUUUCAACGGAAGAAAUCACAGGUCGAUGGGGGGUCAUCUCCUUCGUAUUUGCCAGGCGAGAAACGUGUGUAAAUUAUAUAGCGUUUUUGUGUUUUUGCGCGUGUGGUUGGUGUGUAUAUGUUCAACCAAAUUUGAGUAUGAAAGUUGAAAGCUAGUGUUUUUGUGCAAGAUUUUGAUAAGUUUCAUAUUUUGAAUUAUAAAUGAUUGUUACUACUUGUGAAAUCAUUUUGUUUUGAGCUUCUUUA